AUGAGUAUUGCAGUCAAUAAAAUUGCUAGCGAAUCUCAAGCUAAAAUGAGACGCCAUAAAAUUAUAAUCUUGCCUAUCACGGAAGAUAUUCAAAAACUGAUAAUACAUAUAAAAAUUACGAAGAAAAAUUGUUUUGAUAUUUUGAAAGAAAGAUUUGACUAUCAUACGUGGCUUGCAGCAUCAAAAUUAGUAGCAGCUUAUUUACUGGUAUUUAAUCGUCGUCGAGUCGGUGAUGUUCAGAAUAUGGUUAUUAGUGAUAUGGAUCGGUUGCAAAGUAUUGAUGAACAUGCUGAUAAAGAGGAAUAUAAUACAUUGGAUGAUGAUGGUAAAAAAAUUGCUGCGAACUAUAAUCGUAUUGAAAUACGUGGCAAAUUAAAUAAAGACGUUGCCGUGAUUGCUAGUAAUGAUAUUGUAGAUGAGAUUAAAUUGCUUAUUCGGUAUCGAGAAUCAGCUAAUGUUCCUACCGAUAAUGAUUUCGUUUUUGGUCUGCCUAAUGGUGUCAAUAAUCGUAUUCGAGUACUAAAUUUAUGUGCCGUUUUGCGUGAACUUUCGGUUUCUUGUGGUGCUGAAAAGCCCGAGCUCCUUCGUGGAACCCACUUGAGAAAACACGUCGCUACUAAAUGCGUUGAGUUUGAACUUUCUGAUAAUGUAUUAUCAGAUUUAACUAAGCACAUGGGUCACUCCGAAAAAAUUCAUAAGGAUUUUUAUCAAAGGCCAAUCAAGUCUAAAACAAUCGUUCAAGUAACUAAAUUACUUCAUGCUGUGCAUGGUCCCGUUACAGAUGAAGAAAUCGAAAAAGAAGAUAUAUUUACAAAUGACCAAAAUGAAUUUGUAGAAUAUGAAGACUCUAUUAACAUGACUGAAAAUAAAAAUAACCUCGAUACUCUUAAUGAAACUGAUCCGGAUUUUGACAGUAAUUUACCGAGCAAUUCAGUAGAAAUUCCCAAUGAGACAGAUAUACUGUUUGAUCAUAAUUUGCCCUGCACUUCUAGUGUACAUAAUUCAGUUGUAAUAACUGAUUAUGCUCAAAUACUUAAUCAGAGUACUCCGAAAGAUAGAAAAUCUACUAUCACAGUAUCUGAAACUUGUACAUCCACAAAGAAGCCCUUGAGUGAUGAAGAAAAAAGAGUGAUUUUUACCGAGUUUAAAGAGUAUAUAAUCACCAGAACUUAUCCAUCAUUAAAAGAAAUUGAUGAUAUUAAAGCUAAGUAUCUGUGCUUGAAUGAUCGUAGUAGAGAUACGAUUAAAGCAUGGAUGAGUAAUCAGUAUAAAAAGAAAGCUAGUAAUGUCAUAAAUAAAAAAAAAGGAAUUAAAAUAAUGAGCGUUAAAAAUAAAAAUUAUAAAUUGAAAAGUUUAACAAAAAAAAUCUUAGAUCUUUAAAAACGCAUAUUGAAACAGAAAGUUUUAUGAGAGUAUGUCUGUUGAUUGGAAUAAUUAGUAUUAAGACUCAUAAAGUUCGAAGUUGAAUAAAUUCAAUAAUUUAUAUGUUUUAUUACAAGAUAUAAAUUUUAUUCAUGUUACGUACGUUAAAAAAAUUAAAGUACUUAACAAUUGGUUAUUAAGUUAUACAUCUAAGUUAAAUAAAACUAAGGUUGUUGAUUAAACGAGCGUUUAUCUGAUUCAUGACAUAUGAAUUAUAACAUUCUACAAGCUUAUUGAAUUGAGUCUAUUUGGAGAUUCAAGUUCAGUUUUCAAGAUGUUAGAAAUUAUUAUAUCAGAUUCUUUAAAUGAAAAAGAAUUGAAUUAUUUAAUUUAUUAAGUGUAACGAUAUAAUGU